AUGUCUAUCGACCAAUGCAAGGAACUGACCAAGUGGUACGCUCUUGCAGAAGAUAUCUACCCAUUUACGAUAGGACUGAUAACAGUGAGUACRGUAUCUACUUUACCCAUAGUUGUACUAAACGGAUUGAUCUUGACAGCAAUCGUUCGCACACCAACUCUUCAUACUCCUUCCAAUAUCUUGACUUGUAAUCUUGCGGCAGCCAACUUGGGUGUUGCUUUCUUUGUUUACCCUGUGGGAUUAUCGUGGAAGAUUUUGGAAUUGUACAACCACGGCGAACGUGAUGCAUGUCUCACAGGCAUUCUUUGUUAUAUGCUUAAUACUAUUUUCAGCGGUGCAAGUAUUUUGACCAUUCUCUUUGCAACUGUGGAUCGAUAUCUCGCGUUGGUUCUUCAUCUUCGGUAUCAGACUCUUGUCACCAUCAGAAGAGUUCUCGUAUCAUGCGCUGUCAUUUGGAUCCUGUCUUUAUCGCUAGUAUUCUCUUUGUUAAAUGGGCCAAGAGAGUUGUACAACAUUACCGUUGGGAUAAUAAUGGCACUGUUUAUUGCUAUAUCAGCGUUUUGCUACUCUCAAAUCUUCACUAUCAUUCGCCGUCAUCACAAUCAGAUUGCAAGCCAAGCGUUCAAUACCACCGCCAUCUUCCCCAACUUGUCUCGCUAUCGGAAGUCAGUGUUCAGCCUUAUCUAUGUGAUGUGUUUUCAGUUAAUUAUCGCGACACCUCAUAUAAUUUGCUUAAGUGUUCUUGCAGCUAGUGGUGCUUCAGUAGAGAUUUUACGGUUCUGGAGUAUCAGUAAUGCCUUAGUUUUUCUCAACCCUUUACUCAACCCUUUGCUAAUUUAUACAAGAUAUGGGCAACUCAGACUGGCAGUUAAAGAAACUGCUAGAAACCUCUGGAGCAAAAUAAGACRAAAGGACUAA